CUGCAAAGAGCAAAGCAGAGUUUGCAGAGUGUGUGAGAGACAUGAAGAAAGUUGUGUUUCUAAGAGUCGCUCGGGGCUUCCCGGGCUACGACAGCGGGCCGCACGCCACGGCUCUGGUUCUGCAGAAGACGGCAGACGGUUACCUCACCAUCCAGGGACACACUCCAGUGGCCUGGAGCGAGCGACACCAGUGCUGGCAACUCUUCCGCAGAGCGGCCAAGAGUCUUCUCGGCGUGUGCGAGUCCCUCCCGGUUUCCGUGGCUCUGUCUGAGCCUCCCCACUCCACAGUCUCUGACCUGCGGGACGUGUUCCGACAGCCGAGCCACAUCGUCUCCCUCACCCUCGCCCCGCUGCCGCACGAGUCUGAGCUGGAGCGAGAGGCGGACAGAAGGAAGAACGAGCGGCAGGCCGCGGCGUCUCCCUCCGGACGAACCUGCGGCAACUACGGACCAACUCCCGCCGCCAGCGGUCUCUACCAGCCGCCGAGAGCGUCUCCUCUCUCCUCGCCACAGGCAAAGCGGCGAGCCAAGACCCUCGGGGAGGGACGGAGGGAGAUGGAUCGACUCCUGGUACAGCUGGACGAGGUCAGUCAGACGCUGGAACGGACGCACAGUCGCUGCGAGGACAUUGCCCGUCGAUGCGAUAGCGGCAGUCGGCGAGCCAGGUCGGCUGGGGAGGAGGGGUUCGAGGAGGCGGACUGGGGGAGCGAUGACCAGCGCGUGGAGCGGCUACUGAGAGUGGCGGACAACCUCACGGCGCAGAUUAUCAGCCAGCAGAGGAGGAGCCCCACGCCCACCCUUGCUUCUGGUGUUGUUUCACCACGGCAACCGGGAGGGAGGAUGUCAUCGGAAAGGGGCGGAGUUCCAGAGGCUCCGACAGACGUGUCGACUCAGCCCAGCCUCAACGGAGGAGUCUUUGUGUUCUGGAGACCAGUCAGACUGGAUGACAGAGAUAGAAACAAUGGCUGCAAGGUUGCCGGAUAUGGAGUGUACGUCGACGGGGUUCAGAGGACAAAGGUGAACGAACCCUUCGGCUCUCAUGUGGAGAUGGACGGACUGGAAAAUGGAGCGCAGUACCAGAUACAAGUCAGUACACUGGCCAGCGAUGGUAGGGAGUCGCCUCUCUCACCAGCUAUUCAGUACAGACAUGAAGCUCGCCCCCCUUCCUCCUCUCCCUCAACUACCACACCCCCCACCAGCAGUCAGUCCUCAAAAGUGGAGAAGUGGCUGCUCACAAACUCUCAGUCAACAACACAGCUCUCUCCCAGCCACACUAGGACCCCCGAGAGGUCCGUCGAAACCGCACCCCCUGGCCACACCCACCUACCGGAGGACACUUGGAGCAUGGGCAGCAGUCACACGAGCGGCAUCGUAAUGGACCACCCUCCAGGAAGUCCAAAACUCACCCCCUCCUGUCCCUCCUUUUACCAUGGCGACAGUUUCUCGGUCCACUCUGGGGCGACAACUCUGAUAGUUGACGGACAGACUGCCCUGUCUCCUUACCACCACCACCAGCUCCGCUUUUCCCCCUCCCCCUCUUCCACUCCGUCUCGGACGCGCAGCCUCACACCCAAACAGGGAGGAGGAGAUGGUGAAAUAGACGAGCCCCUAGAUAUCGCCUCAAUCACGGUAGUGGAGGAGCCGGAGACGGAGAAGGAGAAGGCAGCUGCAAUGGUCCGGCUAGUUGCUGGGUCCCGGCACAGAGGACCAGCUCCUCCCUCUGGUGUGCAGGUCUCACAGAGACAGCCUGGCUGGCUGCACGUCUCCUGGACACCCACCAAGAGGGAUGGGAAGGGCUGCAGCAAUGGGUGUUUCGUACUGGGCUACAGACUCUACAUCAACGGAACUCCAAGAGCAAGUGUGGAUGGUCCGAUGACCUACGAAACAUCUCUCAGAUGGCCUCGUCUCGACUCCGCCCACAAGCUGAGCGUCCACGUGAGAACUCGCUCCAUUGCUGCCGAGAGCCUCCCGUCCUCUAUUGUUCUCUAUGACAUGAUAUUACAAGAAUCUGUUGAGAAAUAUCUGGGUGCAAAGGUGACUUCGCCCCUGUCGUCCACGACGACAUUGUGUCCUAACAACAGUGCCCAGCCACGCCCACUCCACAAAAGAGCACAAAGAAGUGAUGCCAGGGAGACCUACGUAUGA